GACUUGCGUUUUGUGCAGGCAGGCAGGGGGCGAUGAUCGCCUCCUCCUCCGUUUAACUUGAACGCAACGCAAACGCAAGCACAGAGUCCUGUUCGUAUAUGUACAGAGGAAUUGGAAAGGAAGCUGCUGAUCUGAUCGAGUAGUAUCAAUGGAGUUUCUUAGCACACUGUUUUUCAUUCGUCAGAUCUCUCUUCUCUCUCUCUCUCUCUCUCUCUACUGCAAAAUCUAUCAACUGUCACCUAGUGCCCGAGCGACCGCUUUCUCUCUUUCUGAUGCAUUCAUUCACACAACAAUCACUCCUCAAUGUGAAGACGAUACACUUAAGUCCAGUCUAGCAAUGGCGUUGGAGGAAAACAGGAUUCCGCAGCAGCAGCAACAUCUUCUCCAACAAGCUCAAGCACCGUCACGACGGAACAAAAGGUGGAGAGGUUGCUUGGGUGGAUUAUCAUGUUUCGGAUCACAAAAGGGUAACAAGCGUAUAGUUCCAUCAUCUCGAGUUCCAGAAACCAAUACAUUAUCAAACGUGCAAAACGCGCCUCAAAAUCAAGCAUUAGCCAAUCCAGCCACAGCACUAGUACCUUCACUCCUAGCUCCACCAUCAUCUCCAGCAUCCUUCUCUAACUCUGCACUUCCUUCCACUGCACAAUCUCCCAGCUCCUUCUUGUCAUUGUCUGCAAACUCACCAGGGGGGCCUUCCUCAUCUAUGUUUGCAACAGGACCUUAUGCCCAUGAAACCCAAUUAGUAUCCCCUCCCAUUUUCUCUACUUUCACAACUGAGCCAUCAACUGCCCCUCUUACUCCACCACCGGAAUUGGCUCACCUCACCACCCCAUCUUCUCCAGAUGUCCCUUUUGCUCAGUUUCUUAGAUCCUCCAUGGAUCUUAAGCGAACUGAUAAUACCAACUAUGCCCCUCCUAACGAUCUUCAUUCAGCAUAUGCCCUGUAUCCCGGUAGCCCAGCCAGUAGUCUAAUAUCACCUGUUUCUGGGACCUCCGUCGCCCUUGGAACAACUAACGACUCGAAAGUGUCGCAUGAUUCGAAUUUCUUCUGUCCUGCGACGUUUGCUCAGUUCUAUCUGGAUAACUCGUCUCUUCACUCGGGUGGAAGGCUUAGUGUUUCUAAAGAAUCAGAUGUUGUCUGUGGAAAUAAUAAUAAUAAUAGCCAUCAAAACAAGCAGUCAAGAAGCAGCAAACAGGACAUGGAGGAAAUUGAAGCUUAUAGAGCUUCCUUUGGCUUCAGUGCUGAUGAAAUCAUCACGACUGCACAUUAUGUUGAAAUUUCCGACAUUCAGGAUCCCAAUAUGCAAUCAAUAUCACGGUCUCAAAGCAAAAGAAAUGAGGUUGAAGACAUAUUUGCUAGGAUGGAAACAUCGAAAAUUAGCCGGAGAUAUGGGCAUGGACAAUCAAUCUCAGAUGCAGAAGUUGAUUAUAGGAAAGGGAGAGGGUUGAGACAAGGGUCAGGGGAAUUUUGGCUGGGGUGACUAGAAAUCUAAAAUCUGGCUGGUUGUCUGUCUGUCUCUCAGGUGACCUUAUUUCUCCUCUGGUUUGUUUGUCUGUCUUGUAAAUCUCCUUUGUGAUUAGGAGAAGUAAUUAAUAUGUGGUUUGGGUGCAUGCUAUCUCUGUGAUUAAGUUGAUGAUGAUAUGGCUUGUAAUUGGACUCGGGUGUGAUUUUGAAAAUGAAUAUGAAUAUGAAUGUAUCUUGCUCAAUAUGUUGUU